AUGGGCCGAUCCCCUGUUGGCUGGCUGGCUUCCCCGGAUUUGGCGCGGUCGGCUAGACCGAAACGGGGAAGGUGUACCACCUUGGCGGCAGCGCUUAUGGACCACCCCGACUGCCCGACCCGACCCCUCACAAGCUCUGGUGGACCACCAGGACCACAUCCGGACCUCACCAGAACACACACUGCAAACAUUAACAUCAACAUCAACAUCAACACCACACCACAAACUCCUUUGCAGAAAGCCGCGUCGAGCAUGGCGUCGUCGGCAGACCGAGAUAAAGAUACGAAUCCAGACGACAAGCAAUCAAACCCCGACAAUCCAUUCAUCAAGUUCAGACAAUUUGCGGAUACCCAAAUCAGCUCACUCCUUCAAGGCAUUAUUGGCCUCCCGUCUGCCUUCUCGAAAAGGCCCUCCGACGAUCCGCGCUGGGCUGGCAUAGACGACGGUCUGCGGAGGCGAGAUGAGCUGCAGGCUCGGCAGAAGGAAUUGAAGGAGUCAGAAGCUAGGAAACUGCAGCGCCAAACAGCGGACGAAGAGCACCCAUUUACCAGAACCAUGGACAGGACAGAUGCACUUGGCGAGGGAUACCAGCCGUUGGGAGAACAGGAAAACAAAUCCGAAAUGCCAACAAAGGAUCUACCGCUAUACUCGGCCGUCAGGAAGUCUCUUUUCACUCAUCUUCAAAUCCCAGAUUUUGAUGAAGCUGACUGGAACGACCUCAACAAAACUCCAGCCUGGGGAGAGAAUGGCUUUCUAGUCCAAUACUACCCUUUAAAAGUCCUACCUCAUCAAAGAUCCUCCUUCUUUGACAGGGAUUGCAUGACCAUGACCCACUGCUUGGUAUACAAUGACCUCAACAGCUCCAGUUCCCUGCGCUCGGAAUAUUCGCUUCUGCCAUACCUACUCUUUUCACCAUACUCGCCCCUCAAGCUUGAGAACGAUUUUCACCGCUCAUACUUUCGCUGGAGGGCUGCAUUCGAAGAUUUGAUCGCGACGAGCCAACCACCAAAAAAGCUUUCCGCGUGGCAGUUUAUAGCGGCUACAUUACCUGCAACACCAGCAGUUUCGCCCGAGGGUAACUUGCACUGGAUCUCGAAGCUUAAAGCCCUUGGUUAUCUUCAGGAGAAAAAGUGCAUCAGCGACGAUGACCAUGAAGCACUGGAUCACCAGCUGUCGAUAAUGCUAUAUGGAUCACAGAAGGACAAAGAGUGGGUUGACACUGAUGAUGAAACUUCGUCGGGUAAGCCCUCUGUUACUGGUCUAGCACGAGAUACGAGAGCCGCCGAUCAAGACCUCGAAGCGACGAAGAGUCCAAGGACUGAGCAGGAAAUGUAUGACCAUUUCCUGAAAUGGGCUUCAUCACCGCAAGCUAUCAAGGAAGUGUUUCAGGCCGGCGAAGCUUUCCUAGCAUCGCUAGAGAACGACGACCCCUCAGGGAGGAGAAGAGAGCAAGAUGGUGGUUUUCCCCGGCCUCCAUCGCUCAUGAGAGAAAUCUUCGAGGUCACGAAAGCAUUCCGAGAGCUCUCCGAACCUCAGCACAGCUCCUCUGACGCCCAACAGUCCGACAGGACUACACAGGAUGUCAGGACUGCCGAGUCUCCAGACCGAGUCGUGUCCUCGAGUACAACAACUGAACAGACUGUACAUGAAGAUGGGACAGUUGAAACUUGUGUUACAGUCUGGAAGAAAUUCAACAGUGGGCGAGAGACGUCAACUACUACGCAUCACUGUGAAGAUCCAGCUACUACAGAAAGUAGGCCGGACGAGGUUGAGACCUCCCCGAAAGUGUUAGAAAAGGGGGGGAACGAGAUUGAGAAAGUAAAUCAAAAUGGAAAAUCGGGAUGGUUUUGGAAUUGA